UGAAAUUUACUCUUCUCUAAAAAUAACCCCACAAUGGUAUAUAUCUGGAAGCUUCUCUCCUCCUUCCCCUGACUCACUCAUCAAUAAACCUUUCUGCUUAUCACAAACCAUUUUGCAUAUCAUUUCCAGAAUUCGCAUAGUCAAUGUAGCUUAUCUCUUUUGUUUUAGAUUUUCUCCCCCUUCAGACAUGAUUUUCAGAUAGGCAGUCUGGAAGGCGGCGCUCAAGUCUGAACUCUGAACUCUGAACUCGAACACUUCCGUUUCAUAUUUGCUUUUUAUUUUUGCGGCUAGCGGGUGCUGUUUCAUUGAGAGAGCAUAUAUAAUGAAUGGCGAGGGAACCUCCUUGGUGGCGUUAGCCGCAGCGGCGGGGGAUAACGCCGCCCCGGAUUCUCAGUCCAAGAUUUUCGGGAAGUACGAGCUGGGGAAGCUGCUCGGUUGCGGAGCUUUCGCGAAGGUUUAUCACGCCCGUGCCGUCAUGACGGGGCAGAGCGUCGCCGUGAAAGCCGUGAGCAAACGGAAGAUUCUCAAGGGCGGCCACGCGGAGCACGUCAAGCGGGAGAUCUCUAUCAUGCGCCGGCUGCGCCACCCGCAUAUCGUGCGCCUCUUCGAAGUCCUCGCCACGAAGAGGAAGAUCUAUUUCGUCAUGGAGUUCGCCAAGGGCGGGGAGCUCUUCGCCAAGGUCGCCAAGGCCCGACUAAGCGAGGAUCUCAGCCGUAAGUACUUCCAGCAGCUCAUCUCCGCCGUCGGUUACUGCCACUCCCGCGGCGUCUACCACCGCGAUCUCAAGCCGGAGAACCUGUUGCUGGACGAGAAUUGGGACCUCAAAAUCACCGAUUUCGGGCUAAGCGCCGUGACGGAUCAGAUCCGGCCAGACGGCAGGCUCCAUACCCUGUGUGGCACUCCAGCCUACGUCGCCCCGGAGAUCCUGGCGAAAAACGGUUACGACGGCGCAAAGGUGGACCUGUGGUCGUGCGGCGUCAUCCUUUUCGUGCUCAACGCUGGCUAUCUCCCAUUCAACGACACCAAUUUAAUGGCCAUGUACCGGAAGAUCUACAGAGGAGACUUCCGGUGCCCGAAAUGGACAUCGCCGGAUCUGAAACGCCUCCUCCAUCGUCUCCUGGAUACAGAUCCGGAAACCAGGAUCACGGUGGACGAAAUCAAAUCCGAUCCGUGGUUCCGGAAGGGAUUCAAAGAGGUAAAACCCCAAACGGAUUUCGAAUUCGAGUUCAAAUCUGCCUAUGGAGACAACAAGAAAUACCUAAACGCAUUCGACCUCAUCUCGUUUUCCCCCGGAUUCAACCUGUCGGCGUUGUUCAGCAUAGUCGACACCGAGCGGCUCUUGUCGGCACAUCCGCCGGAAAAUAUCGUCGACGGGAUUGAGAAGAUAGCCAGGGCGGAAGGGAUGAGGGCGACGAGGAAGAACGAGGAGGGGGUAAGGGUGGAGGGGCAUAAUGGUAAUAUCAUAGUUUUCGUAGAGAUUUACCGACUGACGGUAAAGCUGGUAAUUGUGGAGGUUAAGUAUCCGCGCUGGGGGGAUGCAUCUGGACGGGAAGUGUGUAUAGAUAAGUUUAGGCAACAGCUUAAACUUUUUCGUUAUCAACAGGAAGUAGUAGCUCUCUAAUCAUCAUUAGCUUUGAUUUAAAUCAUUUUUUAUGAGUAGAAAAGUGUUGUCUGGUGAUAAAUCUUUUAAUCUCUGAGGAUUACGGAGGACUCCAUAAUCAGUAAUCAUAAUUAUAGAUGAUCAUUACUCUUAAAUCAAUACUAAUACACUUG